GGAGGUAUUGAGCACGCCUUGCGUAUACCCAGUCACCUUUCUCUCUUCGUGACCGUAGCAUAUGUUUUGCGACGUCGAUGGAGCUCUCCCGGCUUUGAACGGCUCGACAUCGAAGCUGCUGCUCCGGCCUCCUCGUUGCCUCCUUUCUUCCCUUUUCUCUUUCCUCCCCCCCUGCCCGCCGCUCCAUUCUUUACCGGAUUCUUCCCGGCCAAGAGGAGCGGAAACCGAGAGACCGCCAGUGUUGUUCGCCCGACCGGUUCGAUCGAACUCGGCGUGAAAAACGUAAUCGGGGGAAAAAGGAAGAAAAAAAAAAGAAACGAAAGGAAAGGAAAGAAGGAAAAAAGAACGUGGCGCGGAAUCUCCGCGUUUCGCCCAUUUUUAAUUCCUCGUUCCCUUCCCCCACCGAUUCUUCCACUCGAAUUAUCUGUGCGCGAAUCUUUCCAACGUUCGAAAAGAAAAAGGAAAAGAAAGAAAAAACGAAUUAUCUCGGAGAGAGAGAGAGAGAGAGAGAGGAGGCUCGCUUCCUCGCGUGAAUUCGUCGAGGUGUCGAGGAACGGAGAGAUAGAGGGACGAAGAUGAUCAUCGUGAGCAGCGUGUUGCUCCUGCUGGCGGUCGUGUCGAGAGUGGGAUGUCAACGAAACCCCAUUCCCAGAAGCGCCAGAGCGAGCAGGAACGAGGCGGCGUUGGAGUUCGAGUGCCCCGAGGAAUUCGGAUAUUACCCUCAUCCCCGUGAUUGCACCCAGUAUUACGUGUGCGUGUUUGGCGGAGCUUUGCUCGAGUCUUGCACGGGAGGAUUGAUGUACAGCCACGAGUUGCAGACAUGCGAUUGGCCACGUAACGUAGGCUGUCCCGAAGGCGGGUCUCCCAUUAAGGAAGCCGAGGAAGAUCCGCUGUUGGAGAGAUCGGCGAAGAUCGAGAGCCUUCAGGAGCAGCAACGGGCCCAGCAACAGAUCAGGGAGCCGCAGCAACAGCAACAACAGCAGAGGCGCGAGCAACAGAUACAGGCUCAGCAGCGCACGAUUCAGAGGCAAUCGAUCUCCGCGACGACCACCCCGUCCCCCGUGGCGCAGAUCACCGAAAAGCAGAUCCGUCAGAGGCAACAGGCGAGGACCAACUAUCACGAGGACGAGUACGAGCCGGCCUCCGAGGUGGAGAGCGACAGGCAGCAACGAGUCUACAGGGGGCAACCCUCGACGAUCGGCCAGGUUCAAAGGGACAGGGAUGGUUUGAGAAGGAACGUGAUCUCGGAAAGGGAGAAGGAGAGCCUGGUGAGCACGCGUGCCCAAACGGAAGCCCAUUACAGGACGCAAGUGCCAUCCUCCGAGUCUCCAAGGGUGGCCAAGAUCCUGGCAUCCACGGCAGCACCGGUCAUCUCUAAAUCGUACUACAACGACCCGGACCAGAGUUAUCCGUACUACACAAUUUACGACGACGACGUGUCCAUUUAUAAGGACGAUGAUUACAACCAAUACACGGUGAAUCAAUCGGUUCCCGUCCAACCGAGCGUUAAGAUCAGCGAGGUGAACACGAAGCAGUAUCAAAAGCCGAAAAAGGUGGCUGUGAACGAGGCGGACAAGUACAAUCUGAACCAGGACGUCACGGUGCAGGACUACGAUAUCUACGAGAAUCAGGCUCAGCUCAACAAGAACAAGUUCCGCAUUACCGAAGGCCAGUCGUUCAGGCCGAACGUGAUCAGUCAUCCAGUUGUCCACGUGACUACUCCAAACGCCAUCGUAGACACGUUCAUCCCGUUGACCACGACCACGCAGCUUCCGACCACCACCAACAGGCCUUACACGGUCAACGCACCCAGCCGAGGUCGCCCGCAGCAGGUCCAUCGUGGCACGGCACCACCGCGAUCGCGGCCAACCUUGAAACCGUCGACCGAGAUCGUGUCGAAAGCGCAAGAGUUCGUCGACAUCUACAGGUAUCCCCCAUCGAGGCCGGCGCCGAUUUAUCCGACCCCGCAGGUCGACAAACCGGCGGCCAAGUGUCGCAAGGACGUUUGCCUCCUUCCUGAUUGCAGCUGCGGCGGUGGCGACAUUCCAGGUGGAAUCCCGGUCGAACAGACGCCGCAGAUCGUUCUUCUGACGUUCGACGACGCCGUGAACGACCUGAACAAACCAUUGUACACCGAUCUAUUCGAAAACGGGCGUAAAAAUCCGAACGGUUGCCCGAUCACGGCCACGUUCUACGUUUCGCACGAGUGGACCGAUUAUAGCCAGGUGCAAAACCUAUACGUGGACGGCCACGAAAUGGCAUCGCACACCAUCUCGCACAGUUUCGGCGAGCAGUUCUCUCAGCGAAAGUGGGCUCGAGAGGUUGCGGGGCAACGUGAAAUUCUCUCUGCUUAUGGAGGCGUGAAGCUGGAGGACGUGAGAGGAAUGAGGGCCCCAUUCUUGUCGGUCGGGGGGAACAACAUGUUCAAAAUGUUGUGGGACACGAACUUCACUUACGACUCGUCGAUGCCGAUUUACGAGAAUCGACCGCCCAGCUGGCCCUACACCUUGGACUACAAGCUGUUCCACGACUGCAUGAUACCUCCGUGCCCCACCAGGUCUUAUCCAGGCCUGUGGGAAGUUCCUAUGGUGAUGUGGCAGGACCUGAACGGGGGUAGGUGCUCGAUGGGAGACGCGUGCAGCAACCCGCCUACCGCCGAUGGUGUUUACAAGAUGCUGAUCAAGAAUUUCGAGAGACAUUACACGACCAACAGAGCGCCGUUCGGAUUGUUCUAUCACGCGGCAUGGUUCACCCAGCCCCAUCACAAAGAAGGUUUCAUUUCAUUCCUGGACACGAUAGUAGCGAUGGACGAUGUGUGGAUCGUGACUAAUUGGCAGGCGAUUCAAUGGGUGAGGAAUCCUACGCCGUUGCCCCUGUUGCACACGUUUGAACCGUUUGGAUGCAACUAUCCGGAUCGGCCGAAGAAGUGCAACAAUCCGAAGGUGUGCAAUCUGUGGCACAAGAGCGGGGUGAGGUACAUGAAAACUUGUCAAACGUGUCCGGACAUCUAUCCGUGGACGGGCAAGACCGGGAUACGAAGCAGUCGCAUCGACAACGACGUCGAUGCGCACGAAUGAGGGGAAGGGGGGGAGGGGUAAGAGGGAUCGGUGUUCCGUGCGAUCGAGGUCCACCCAGCCGGAGUGAAGCGUAGCGGCGCCAACUGAGGAGGAGAUCGUGAUAUUUGUCACAGCGAUUCGAUUCAAAUCCCGCCCCUUAUUUCUCUCUUCACUUCAGCCGAACGAAACGUAUAUCCAGCUCGAGUACGCCAACGAAAUCGAACGAAACUCGAAAGAAAGAAAGGAAGGAAGAAAUGAAGGAAGGAGGAAUGAAGAAAGGAAGGAAGGAACGAAGGAAGGACCAACCACGCCCAGCCAACACUGUUCCCCUUCUUUUCCGUAGGAAAGAAAUCGCGAAGGAACGAGAGCGCCACGCGACGGAAUAACUUAAAUAAACUUGCUUACGCGCAUGCACAGUAGGAAUAAACGCGUUCGUAUUCGUAUCCGUUCUUUCUUUCUUUUCUUUUCUUUCGAAACGAACAUGCGACGAACACCGAACUCUCUGCGUCCUGAUCGGUAAACGAAAAAGAAAAUUCACUCCAACGUGUGCAACGUGUGCUUGUCGUAUAUUAUAUUAAUAUACACUGGAAGCGUAUUUUCAACAAACUUCGUUGUGUAUCGAUAUGGGAUAUAAAUCGAUUAAAAUUUAUUUCGAUCGAUUUCUUUAGUCUUUUGUUACCCGGCGAAUAGUGAAUAAAACAUCGAAUGAAAUAUUUUGUAAAAAUUUUUUUCUUUUUUCAAUCAAGAAAAACGUAUGUAUCGGAAUUGUAUUAUAACGCAAUAGAAUUAAUUAACUGUAUUUGUAUACGUUGACAAUGAUAUUUCUUCGUUUUUUUUUUUUUUUCCCUAUUUCUAUUGAAUGUGAUACGAGAUACAGGAUUGCGCUAAGAAACUCGUGGAACUCGAGAAAUUGGUCGAUAUUAUUGUGCUCAAAUCGAACCAAAUUCGCGAUUAUCUUCUUCCCGCGCGCUCCUUUCCUUUUCUAUCUUCUUUCCUCAUCUUUCUAUUCUUCCUUUUCUUUUUCUUUUUUUUCCUCUACUUUCUCUCAUCACUCGUCUCAACUUCGCCUCGAUCCUUUAUCUCGUUCAACCGAAAGCUUGUAUCCUUGGCGUACUCGGCCGAUAGACGAAUUAAUUAAUUAAUUAAUUAUAAAGUAUAUAUCGUGGAUGUACAAACGCAAAGAAAAAGAAAAAAAAAACUG